AUGUCUGCAUCGCAUAUCUCCCCUCUCGCUCAGCCCAUUAACCUAAAGCUCUCCGGAAAAGUGAUUCGCAAUCGCCUAUAUCGCACACCUCUCAGCGAGUAUGCCUCAACAUACGACGAGAACAAUGUAGAGAACUCCGGCAAACCCAUGGAUCGAUAUGCAGAGCUAUAUCAAGGUAUUAUCCCAAGCACCCUAUCAUACACGAGUGGUGCUAACCAGUACACAGAGCUAGCAGAAGGAGGUGCCGGUCUCAUUUGCACAGGAAAUAUCCCCAUCCAUCGCGACAAUCUCGAAAAUUACAACAACGCAGUGUUGGACCCCAACAAUCCUUGGGAUCCAGUCGCAGCUUUUGCCCCAGCUGCCAAAGCAGCCAAGUCGCGAGGCGCGAUCUUUCUCCCCCAGCUGCAAUUCCCAGGACGUCAGGUUCCGGAAUUCCUCAACAAGAAUCCCAAGUCAUCUUCUGCUGAGCACCUCGAACCUUGUCUCAACAAAACGUAUGGCAAGCCGUCGCCGUUGACAAAGGCUGAAAUCAAGGAUCUUGUCUCCCGAUAUGUGUGGGCUUCUGAGGUUCUUGCAAAGGCUGGUGCCGAUGGUAUUAUUCUGCAUGCCAGCCACGGGUACAUCAUGAAUCAAUUCCUGUCGCCCAAAAUCAAUAAGCGAACAGACGAGUAUGGCGGAAGCCUAGAAAACCGGGCGCGGUUCAUUUUGGAGAUCGUCAAUGCGAUCAAGGCUAAACUUCCUUCGGACAAGUUCGUGAUUGCAGCGAAACUAAACUGCCAAGAUUUCAUUGAGGGAGGCCAAAGCUUUGCCGAACAGUGUGUUGUGAUAAAAUGGCUAGAAGAUGCUGGCGUGGACUUCUUCGACAUCUCGGGUGGAACCUAUGCCUCUCCUGCAUGGCGUGGCAACAUCAUGACUGAGCUGGCUGAACGACCGUCCCAGAAAGAGCGUGGAAGCUACUUCAUUGAAUGGGCGCAAGAGCUGAAAAAGGUCCUGUCACGAGCUGUUAUUGGAACUACGGGUGGUUGGCGGGAUAGCCAUCGUAUGGCGGAGGCUGUGGAACGCGGAGACAUCGAUAUGUGUGGCUUGGGUCGACCUCUUCGAGAGGAUCCCGACUUUGUCAAUAAGGUGCUUCGCGGUGAGGUUCGCAGAAGUAACUUGUAG